UUCAAUUUCAAUUAAACGAAAAUUUUGGGUUUUCAUGCUGUUUUUCGUUAUGGGUUUCUGUUAGUUUUUGUGCACAUGCUUCAGAAUUCUAAACAGUUGAGUUCUUUUAGUUUCCUGCAUUUUCUUGGCAACCAAACAGGGGUUGAUGUUGGAAAUUUUAAGAGAUGAUGAUAUAUACAUAUUUUUUGGUUGUGAAUGUAGGUUUUCUAUCGCUUGAAGAGAUUGAUGAAUCUGAGUAUGGUUUGGAAAUUCCUAAACCUGAGAGAGAAAACAAGAAACAAAGGACUAAAGAAAAUAAAAAUGAGAAAAAAAGGAAGCAUAGUGAAGUGGAGGAUGAGCUUGGUGGUGAGGUUGAAGCUGUAAGUGAAGAGAAGGAUAAUAAAGUGAAGAGAAAGAAGAAAAAGAAGAAGAAGAAAAAGAAGAACAAGGAUGCAAAGAAUUCUGAGGAAAAUGAAGAACCAACUGCUGAAGUCAGUGAUCCCAAGGAUAUUGAAGGAGAUUCAGUUGAUGAAGCUGAAUAUUACGCUUGGAAUGAACUGAGGCUACUUCCCCUGCUUAUGAAAGCAAUAUAUAGUCUUGGGUUCAAAGAACCAACACCAAUACAGAAAGCUUGUAUUCCUGCAGCUGCUCAUCAAGGAAAGGAUGUCAUUGGGGCUGCAGAGAAGGGAUCUGGGAAAACACUUGCUUUUGGUUUACCCAUUUUUCAACGUCUUCUCGAAGAGCAAGAAAAAGCUGAUAAUAUGUUUGCAGAAAAGGGAGAGGCAGCUGAAAAAAUUGCUCCAAGUCGUCUCUUACGAGCUCCUAUUAUAACUCCUACAAGAGAGCUUGCACUUCAGGUUACUGAUCAUCUUAAUGAAGUGGCUAAAGGUACCAAUUUUAGGGUGGUUCCAAUCGUUGGUGGGAUGUCAACGGAAAAACAAGAAAGACUUCUGAAAGCAAGGCCUAAGAUUGUUGUUGGGACUCCAGGGAGGCUAUGGGAACUUAUGUCUGGUGGAGAACUUCAUCAUAUUGAGGUUAAUUCAUCAAAUUUUUUUAAUGUUCUUGAAAUGAUGGAAACUCAAGGAGAUUAUGGUAUACAAGAGCAUAUAUCCAAUCUUGAUCCUCAGGAUAUGCAGAAUUUAUUAGAUUUGGAAUCCAUUGAUGCCAAGUUUUAG